CUCCUCCCCCAGGGGCGGGAACAGCGGGGCCCAUCAUGGCCGCCAGCCGAUACCGGCGUUUUCUUAAGCUCUGUGAGGAAUGGCCAGUGGACGAGACCAAACGGGGCCGGGACUUGGGUGCUUACCUGCGGCAGCGGGUCGCACAGGCCUUUCGGGAGGGAGAAAACACCCAGAUUGCAGAGCCAGAGGCCUGUGAUCAGAUGUACGAGAGCUUAGCACGGCUCCAUUCCAACUACUACAAACACAAGUACCCUCGGCCCAGAGACACCAGCUUCAGCGGCCUGUCCCUGGAGGAGUACAAGCUGAUCCUGUCCACAGACACCUUGGAAGAGUUUAAGGACAUGAACAAAGGCAUGUGGAAAAAACUGCAGGAGAAGUUUGCCUCCAAGAGCCCCGAGGAGAAGCACAAGGCCUGGGCGCGGGCCUUAUCUCGCCCGCCGACCUAAGUGUGGCGCCUUUGAUGUUGCCCUUGUCAAUAAAUCACCCGACCCCGA